CCGACCAACCGCAAACGACGACGACGAUAAAGAACAACAACAAGAGGGAAUUCCCCCCUACGCAUGUGCGUACUGCUGCUGCUGCUGCUGCUGUGUGUAAAAUGAGAGAAAAUUGAUUUCUUUUUGCACUCGCGCUCUCCUCAAAUAAAAUUAAAUUACCGACUCCCAUAAGUCAGCGAACUUGAAACAGACGUCUGUAUCUUUUCAAAAGGGAAAAAAAAAAAAAAAAUUCUCCCAACGUCUCCCGUGCAGAAAUUUCCACCUUUCUUCCCGAUUUCAGACCUGGCCCCGGCCAGAUUAUCUGGUCUGGCCCCGGGUCAGUAAAUGUUAGUGGCCCCGGUCGUGGCCAGGCCGGGUUGCCCCAAUAAUAAGAUAAGUAAAAAUAAAUUUUUAUAGAGGAGUGCAGAACUCAAGAAGGCUAUAGAAACAGGAAGUACACGUUAGGUAGUGGGGGUACGUGACAAUUUGGUUUUCUGAAAUGGGCGGAUAAGUUGCAAGACGCAGUAGCCUCCUGCGCAUAUUACGAACAGGUGAUAAUAAAAAAGCAGAUAUUUAUUUUACCGAAGCAUAUACGUACGUAUAGAAUCAGUGUUAAUAUUUUAUUCUGAAUUACCGCCAGAUGGUAAGUCAACAGUUAGUCUGCGCAGAAGGCUACCGCGACUUGCAACUUAUUCUAUUGCUCUGCCUAUUUCAGAAAACCCUUUUUCUUACGUAUUCGUACGGUACCUCCCAUUUCUAGUCUUCUUGGCCUAACUUUUGUUUUACUUUGGAUACAUUAAUUAUUUAUUUCUGUGAAUAAUAUGCCAAAACACAAAAGUACGAAACGUGUACGGAAACAUCGACUGUCAACCCAAUUUUCAUCUCUGCCGAAUAUAUCAAGUCCUUCAGAUGAUUCAAAUCAUGAAGAUGCGAAUCUUAAUGAGAAUAUCAGCUCACAGCUAGGACAACAAGAUGAUUCGCUUAGUUCCCAUAUGGAAGAUUGUCUCACACCAGGCGACAUUGAUUCAAACUACGAAAUUAAUGAAUCUGAAGACCAAAAUGACGGUGAUUUUAACGGAUCUUCAGAAUCUGAGGAGAAUGAAUUUAUUGACGCCAUCGAUAAUUUUGAAGAAAAUGAACCUGACGAAAUAAAGGAAUUACAAUUAUGGGCUGUUGAAAAUGGAAUUGAACAAAACAGUCUUGAUGAAAUGUUAAAAAUUUUGCGGCGUAGACUCUUGCCCGAAUUACCAAAAUCAGCGAAAACCUUCUUAGGUACUUCAACAGCAGAGUACGAAAUUCAAGAAAUGGCAGAUUCAGACGGAAGUAUGGGUGAAUAUGUUUAUUUUGGUAUUAAAAAUGGCCUUGAGGAAUGCAUAGACCCAAACGUACAUACCAAAUCCACAAUUUUUUUGCAAAUUAAUGCUGAUGGUAUCGCUUUAUCAAAAUCAGGCGUAAAAGGGUUUUGGGUCCUAUCUGGCAAGGUUUACUAUAAACCUGAUGUUUAUAAACCAUUCCCAAUUUUAAUUUAUUCGGGUAAUUCGAAACCGGCAGAUGUAAGCGAAUUUUUAAAAGAUUUCAUUGAAGAAAUAAAUAUUUUACAGUCGAGAAUAAUAAUGAUUGCAAAUAAUCUAUUUAAAAUUCGCAUUCAUUGUUUUAUUUGCGACACACCAUCUCGAGCAUUCUUAAAAGGAACAGUUGGACAUGUGGGGAUUUUCGCUUGCGAGAGGUGUGAAACUCAGGGAUUGAAAGAAAAUGGAGUCACUCAAUUUCCCAUUAUCAACUGUAAGGAAAGGACGGAUGAAUCCUUCAGGAAACAAAAUCAGCCUGGUCAUCAUAAAAGAAAAUCUCCUCUUUUAAAUGUAAAACCACAGUUGAAUAUGAUUGCUAUGUUCGUGCUGGAUUUCAUGCACCUAUUCUGCGAAGGAGUCAUGAAACGUCUUCUGCUUAAUUGGUUCGUGAUAAACACUUAUGCAAAACUUGGACAAAAUUGGAAGACUGAAGUAUCUAGAAGACUUCUUCUAAUUCGCAGGUGUAUACCAUGCGAAUUCCAAAGAAAAUCUAGAUCCUUAAAGUCCCUUUGUAAAUGGAAGGCAACAGAAUUUAGAUUUUUUUUGUUGUACUGCGGUCCUAUUGUGAUAAUGCAUGCGUUAAAUAGUGAUAGGUAUAAAAACUUCUUACUUCUUCAUUCUGCAACGAGAAUUUUGUGCAGCGACAGUUCAAGUAGAAUGUAUCAAAGUUAUGCGAAAUCUUAUUUAGAAAAAUUUUUCUUGAGUUCACGACAUUUGUAUUUUCGAAUACAGGUUCUCAAUAUGCACCAUGCAAUACAUGCUGUAGAUGAUGUAAUUAAAAUGGGCUGUACCUUCAGCGAAAUUAGUGCCUUUCCCUUUGAAAAUUAUCUCGGUAAAUUGACAAAACUAAUACGUACACCCAAUCGACCCUUAUCACAGAUUUGUCGCAGGUUACACGAAAUUAAAACAAUAAAUCCACCUAAACCACAGUUACCAGUCAAAAUUAAAAUAUUAAAAUCCAAUGAUUUGGAAAUUUUUAAAUUAAAGUACAAAGAGUGUACUCUAACAACAAAGAUGCCAGACAAUUUUGUAAUUUUAAAAAAUAGAAAUCUUGUUCGUAUUAGAAAAAUAUAUAAAACAGAAGGCGAAAUAAGAAUAGAAGGUAACAUAUGGGAUACUAAAAAUCCAAUAUUUACAUAUCCCCUCAAUUCAAAAUUGUUAAACAUGUGGGAACUGCGUAGCAAGCCUUCUAAUCGUUUAACCACAUUUAAUGUAAACGACAUCAAACAGAAAAUGGUAAAAUUAUCAUUAAAUUUCAGUGAGAGAGAACCAAAAAAACAUUACUGCAUGCCUCUUUUACACCAGUAAUAACGUGUUUUACGCUUAUAUUGCAAAAAUUGAUUUAAAAAUCCGAUGUACUGCAAUUUUUUUCAAAUUAUAUACACUAAUUUAAUAUUUGAAAGAGAACUUAUAACCUUCACAAAAAUAACAUGAUAAAUAAAUAAAACAAGU